AUGCAGACGCUGCGCAGCUCGCAACAAAUGUCUGAGGCGAUGCGUGGAGCAACCAAGGCACUCGGUGCGAUGAAUCGCUCUAUGAAUAUCAUGUCUGUCCAGCGCAUUUUGCAAGAAUUUGAGCGCGAGUCAAGCACGAUGGAUAUGAAAGACGAGAUGAUGAACGAUACAAUGGAAGACGCACUGGGCGAAGAUGAUGCUAUGGGCGAGGGUAUCGGUGAAGACGAAGAGAGUGAUACGAUUCUACGGGAAGUCCUCGAUGAAAUUGGCGUGUCGGUCAACCAAAAGCUCGGCAACGUCCCCGACAGCGCACCAGCACUGGCACAGGCCAACGCCCCGGCGCGCGUCGCAAUCGGCGAGGGCGUCGGCGGUGCCACUGCGCCAGGAGCGGCUAGCGACGAGUCGGCUUUGCAGGACCGCCUCGAUCGCCUCCGCAAGACAUAG